GCGGGGGCUGCAGCCGCGGGCGACGCCAAGAACGAAGCCCUUUGUGCCACACCCUUGAUCUGCAGCUUCGGGAGGCCUGUGGACCUGGAGAAGGACGACUACCAGAAGGUGGUAUGCAACAACGAGCACUGCCCUCACAGCAGCUGGAUGCACUUGCAGUGUUUCUACGAGUGGGAGAGCAGCAUCCUGGUCCAGUUCAACUGCAUUGGCCGGGCGCGCAGCUGGAACGAGAAGCAGUGCCGCCAGAACAUGUGGACAAAGAAGGGCUAUGACCUGGCCUUCCGCUUCUGCUCUUGCCGCUGUGGGCAGGGCCACUUGAAGAAGGAUACAGACUGGUACCCGGUGAAGCGCAUGCAGGAGGAGAAAAAGAAGAAGUCCGGGGCCGAGAAGAACACCGGGCGACCGCCGGGGGAGGCGGCGGAGGAGGCCAAAAAGUGCAGGCCUCUCAACAAGCCCCAGAAGGGCCUGAAUCCCGACCUGCCCCGCCGGCAUUCCAUGGACCGGCAGAACUCACAGGAGAAGGCGGGCAGCGCCGCGGCCUAUGGGGCUCGCUCGCCCUGCGGCUCCCCCGGCCAGUCCCCACCCACAGGCUACUCCAUCCUCUCCCCUGCCCACUUCAGUGGACCCCGUGCCUCCAGAUACCUGGGGGAAUUCUUGAAGAACGCCAUUCACCUGGAACCUCACAAAAAGGCCCUGGCUGGGGGGCAUGUGUUCCGAAACGCCCACUUUGACUACAGCCCCGCGGGACUGUCAGUGCACCGGGGUGGCCACUUCGAGGCACCGGUGCAAUUCCUGCGGCGACUGGACCUCUCCGAGCUCCUCACCCACAUCCCCAGGCAUAAGUUGAACACUUUCCACGUGCGGAUGGAAGACGAUGCCCAAAUGGGGCAGGGCGAGGACCUGCGCAAGUUCAUCCUCGCGGCGCUCAGCGCCAGUCACCGGAAUGUGGUGAACUGUGCGCUGUGUCACCGGGCGCUCCCGGUGUUCGAACAGUUCCCACUGGUGGACGGAACGCUGUUCUUAAGCCCGUCGAGACACGACGAGAUCGAAUACGAUGUUCCUUGUCACCUUCAAGGGAGACUCAUGCACCUGUACGCCGUGUGCGUGGACUGCCUGGAAGGAGUUCAUAAGAUCAUCUGCAUCAAGUGUAAGUCACGUUGGGAUGGCAGCUGGCACCAGCUAGGCACCAUGUACACCUACGACAUCCUGGCUGCCUCUCCAUGCUGUCAGGCCCGCCUGAACUGUAAGCACUGCGGGAAGCCUGUGAUAGACGUGCGGAUUGGGAUGCAGUACUUCUCUGAGUACAGCAACGUCCAGCAGUGUCCACACUGUGGGAACCUGGACUACCAUUUUGUGAAGCCAUUUUCUUCCUUCAAAGUUCUCGAAGCUUAUUGAUGAAAGCUUUGCUUUAGUAAUAGCUUAUUUUAUUGAUAUUAUUACUUUAUUACAUAUCUUUUAUAGAGAAACAUUCUGUGACAUUAAUUUCUUUUCUAAUUUAAAGGAGCGUUCCUUUGUGUAUGUGUGCCACUGAAGUGGGGGCUGGCCCUAGCCUUCUCUUAACUCUCAAUCCUAGUCUGUGGUCAUGACCAGAGCCCAAAUGGACAGGCCUGUGAGUUUGGGGGUAAUAUUUCACUAUGGAAGGGGGUCUCUCAUGCAACUUGUAGGUGGUGGGGAGGAUGGGAUGAGUCAGAAAAGGACUAGGUGGUCAUUAACUAAGAGCAGGGUAGGAGUUGCAAGGAAACUCUUACUGAAAUGUUAAUUAAUUGUCUCAAGACCCACUUUUCGACCUUGCCUGGGCCUUGAGAAAAACUUGUGACAAGUGAAUGUAAGUGUGUGCCUGGAGGGCUGAGAGAGUUAGUCUACCCAGGCUUAGCGCUUUGUGGUGCACACUGAUGUGCCAAGUUUGCCCUCACUGACGGACUAUGUGUAAAUGAACAGGAGUUCAUUUUCUGUCACUGUUGUAAUUCAGCAUUUGGUUUUCAUGCUGAAAAUAAUGCCCAAUUUUUAAGACAUGUGAAAGCUAUUGAUGCAGCAAAUAUUUUUAGGCAAACUGACCUGUACCAGAGGAAAUAAGCUAAAUAUGGCAUUGAUGCUGCACACUGACUCAAGUGGGCAAAAAGGCAGAACAUUGCUAAUUGAGGUGUGUCCUUGAAAUUAUUCUUACUAGCUCUUAAGGGGAACCCAGGAAUAACAGAUUGGGGUGGUGGUAAUUUAUAAAGGUUUCUCUGUUGAAAUGCCAUUUUGCCCUACUCACAGGUAAAUAUCAGGCGUGCACCCUAACUGAUGAGUUUCAGAACAGUUAUUGCCACAUUUACCUUCCCCCAAACUGAUUAUAGCCACAUUUUAGCCAUUGAAUGCUGAGUUUCAAAAAAUGAAAGAUUUGACCCUAGGAAGGAAUGAUUGCUUGUGAAGAUAGGAGGAAAAGGUAAUAUUCCUUUUUAGAGUGUGUUUUGUUUUGGAAAUCCACUAAUUAUAAUGUAUAAUAAUAUGUUUAAAAAGAGGUAGUUCUAAAGAUCUGUAUGUACCUUGCCACUGGUGAAAAUAAAAAGGGAACUUUUUAAACUUGAUUCAUCAGAGCAUUGGGCUUUCCAAAACAAUAGCCUCUGUUCAUUAGCUUGUGGUAACUUCAAUAGACUGAUGCCCUAUUUCCUUAUGGGAUUGGAAUAUGUUUUCUCAAAACCAAACUUGAUGAUUUCAAGUGUGAUAUGCAUACACGCUAAAAGAAUGUUGAAAAUAUAAUCAUUUCAUGGCAGUUGAAUUUGGGGCUGUGAAGGCUUUUAUAUAAGUCAUUGAUUGAUACUACUUUUUAUUCUCAGAAAAAAGUUGGCUUCCCUCUCAGAAGUGUUUAGGCAUUAUUGGAGUGGGUUUUGCUACAUGAAAUAUUUGACAUUUUAUUUGAAACAACACAGCAUCAAAGCACCAGUAUAUCAACUAAUACUUUUCAUCAUUCAGCUUAGAUGAUUAUCACUUGGUUUAGAGCAUCUAGUUUAGUGCUUGAUGAUCUGAAAAAUAUUUCACAGAUGUGCAGACAUGCUUAAUGCCUCUAAGAAGCAGAAAAUCAUUAUUGAUCUGACAGUAUGUGAUGCAAGUUAAAGAGGUCUACAGGAUAUAUCCCUUGCAAAUUUGUCCUACUGCAUAAAGCUAUAAUUGUGAAUUAACUGUCACCCUGUUGAUUCUCUUAGGUAUCCAGGUAUAAAAAUUAGUAAAUUUCUCUUGUCUUCACAGUACCAUUUGGGUUUUAUUUCUGAAGUAUUCAUAAUGUUGUUCUUGAACCCACCUCAAUUUUUGUAUAGAAACCUGCUCAUUUUGUUGUUCUGAAGCUUAAAGGUUUAUAUGCAGGUUGUAUUCAGCAGUCUUCUCAGUCAAAAAGCUGUUAUGACUAUAGUGUCUGAUAUGUUCAGUAUUUUUCUUCAUAUUGUUUUUUACUCCCUGAAAAAUAAGUAUGAUGUGAUUUCACUGUAAUUGGGUAAAAUUUGCAUUUGGCCUUUAUUUUGAUGAUAAGAUAUGAGUGUGUGGAUGCUGCAGUUAUGUAAAAGGAGAGGCAUAGGUAUCAUAUCUGAGAUGUCUUUUGCCUUUAAGGCAUUGCUUUCCUGUCUAUAAGAGAAAUUUUGGCUGAUUGGAGGGUAAAAUAUAAUUGGGUAAGCAACAGUAUGAAGAAUAAAUCUUACUUUGGAAAUCUGCUGACCAUAACAUUUUCCCUAACCUUUCUCAAAGUACUUUGUUCUGAAUACCUUGGUGGGAAUUCGAAUAUGUCAAAGAAGAUAAUUAUUUUGUUGUGGCUUGGAUAUUAAAGGGUUUUAAGGAUAUUAGUCACUGAAGAUAUCCAUUUUCUCCCUUUUUGAUGAAUAGUGUUCAAUAACAUGAACUACUCAUAAGUGACUAAUAAUUUCAAAGUGAUUUUUCAUCUACUCUAACUUUUUAAGAAAUCUUUUUUUUAAGAGUUAUAUACCUUGAAGAAAUAAAAUUACCUGCUUUAGUGUAGUGAAAAGCCUCUUUCUGAUGAUCUCAUCAUUUUUUCUUCAGGUCAACUCUGGUUAUAUCUGAAGCAGUUGAUAUACUGGGUUUAUACUGUAAAAGAUAAACAUUGAAAUUGGGAAGUGGGGUGAAUUAUUUUCUCCUAAUUAAGAAAGAGCUUUUACCACUCUUUAAUUUCUAUGUUUUGUAAAGAAGUUCAUUUUUAGAAUAAAAAAAGUAUUUUCAUAUCUGCUUUGGAGAUACUAACUCAUCAGGAAAGAAUUUUAUUAGGUGUUUAAACUUGAAAACAAACAGGUAUACUGAUGCAUAACUUACUAGACCACCAAAACUAAUUUGCUGAAGUCUUUUGUUUUGCAGUCACUGGUUGACAUAUGAUCUAUUCUCCUGUGUCCAGGUCAGGAACUCCAGGUUGCUUUCCUGUUUAGCUUCAUGACAAUAGCUAUUGAGUAAUUUUAUUGGGCGCGUGGGCCAAUGGUGAGAAGAAAGUCCUCUUGUUCAGUGUUUUGGUUCCCAUAAAAGGAUUCUGCCUGGCCCAGCUCAUCUCUGUGUCCUGUUGACUUAAUUAUUCUUCCAGGUAAAUUGAAAGAAAAUAAAAUGGAUGGGCAACAUUAAAACCAGCUCAAAAAAUAUAUUCUUGUCAAUAAAGAUUUCUUUUCAAGAUAUCUUGGAUUGCACUUUUGUUGAGGGAAAACAGUGUAAAUACGUAAAAGAAUGUUGAUAAAAUUGCAACAUUUGGUUAUGGAAUUGUGUGUGAUGUUAGAAGGUUUCUGUUUGUGAAAUGUAUGUAUUAAAAAUAAUAAAAUUUCAGAAACUAACA